AUGUUUUUUCUUUUCUCUCUCUUUUCUGCCUAUGUUUUUUCUUUUCUCUCUCUUUUCUGCCUCUCUUUUUUACUCUUUUUUUUUCCUCUCUCUUUUCUGCUCUUUUCUUUCUCUCUCUCUUUUCUGCCUCUCUUUUUUACUCUUUUCUUUUUCUCUCUCUUUUCUGCUUCUCUUUUUUACUCUUUUCUUUUUCUCUCUCUUUUCUGCUUCUCUUUUAUACUCUUUUUUUUUUCUCGCUCUCUUUUCCGCCUUUUUUCUCUCUUCUUUUUUCUCUCGCUCUCUUUUCUGCCUUUUUUUUUCUCUUUUUCCUCUCUCUUUUCUGCCUCUCUUUUAAACUUUUCUUUUUUCCUGCCUCUCUUUUUUACUCUUUUCUUUUUCUCUCUCUUUCCUUUUAUUUCCACUUUCUUGCUCCUAAUUUUGCAUUUGCUGAUGGCUGUAGUUGUUGUUUUAUCUUUUUCAUCCUCUUUCUAUCCAUUUUUAUUUCUUUAA